GUGUCGCGUUCCACGUGCUCCCUGACGUUCCAUUCACACCCCCUGGUGUUCCAUCUGCUGUAGGCAGCCUCACUGCAGCAGUCAUGGCUGAUGAAAUCAGCAAAGCCCAGACUGCCCGCCCUGGGGGGGACACGAUCUUUGGCAAAAUCAUCCGAAAGGAAAUUCCGGCCAACAUUUUCUAUGAGGACGAACAAUGCAUUGCGUUCCAUGAUAUUGCCCCACAGGCUCCGACACAUUUUUUAGUGGUUCCAAAAAAGGCUAUUUCACAUUUAUCUGAAGCAGAUGCUUCUGAUGAAGCUCUUCUUGGACACCUGAUGAUAGUUGGCAAGAAGUGCGCUGCUGAAUUGGGCCUGACACGAGGCUACCGACUGAUUCUUAACGAGGGCCCAGAUGGUGGGCAGUCUGUGUACCACGUUCACCUGCAUGUACUUGGCGGACGUCAGCUGGGCUGGCCUCCAGGCUAAUGGCCUGCAUACCAACAAAGCAACCUCAAUCUGUCCUGUCUGAUGAGAUGCAAUUUCUAAAUUUCAGUUUCUGAUACAUUGUUUGCGGACAAAGUGUAGGUUGAGAGCUUUUUAUGUGAAAGUGGAGUAGGAAGAAAUAAAACACGUUUUCAAAAU